AUGGUCGGAUCUAAUGUCCUCCUCCAACCCUGGAGGAGGGCGGUUUUCCAUGCUGUUCGGCCGAAAACGACCAUACCUACGUACCAGUACCGAUACUUCAGGGCAACUGCUCGAAUCUCUGCCAACGAUAAGUCGCAGUCCUUCAAGAAUCAGCUGUAUGAGAGUACGCAGCAGCGGUUGAAGCGGGAGCGCGCUGAGCAGGAACGAUUUUCUCAGUAUCAGACUCAGUCACCAGGUGGUCGCUAUGCGGCUUUGACGUUCGCAUUGGUUUUCUUCUCUACUGGUGCAUAUUACCUAGGAUCAUUGAAGCCCGCUAGUCUUCCAACGUCGUCAACCACCACCCUCUUCGAAAUCGAGCCGCCGACCCACAAUAUCUCACAGUCAAAUUUACAAGCCGCUUGGGCGGACUUUGUUGAGAUUCUAGGAAAGGAAAAUGUAUCCACUGAACAUGGUGACCUCGAUGUACAUUCCGGUUCUGAUUGGUCUUCGUAUACACUUAAAAAAAAUGAAAGGCCUUUCCUUGUCCUCUAUCCAGCAACCACCGAGGAGGUUUCCCGAAUUAUGAAAGUCUGCCAUCAACGGGUCAUUCCUGUGACGCCCUACUCCGGUGGUACCAGUCUGGAGGGUCAUUUUGCUCCCACGAGAGGAGGGGUGUGUAUCGAUUUCCGCCGCAUGGAUCGUAUCCUGGAGCUCCACAAAAAGGAUCUUGACGUUGUGGUCCAGCCUGCAGUUGGGUGGGAAGACCUUAAUGAGGAAUUGUCUAAAGAAGGUCUCUUUUUUCCACCUGACCCGGGUCCCGGUGCUAUGAUUGGCGGUAUGGUCGGCACUGGCUGUUCGGGGACCAAUGCUUACAGAUACGGCACAAUGCGAGAAUGGGUUCUUUCUUUGACUGUUGUCCUUGCAGAUGGGACUAUUAUCAAAACAAGACAACGUCCGCGGAAAUCGAGCGCAGGCUAUGAUCUCACCAGACUGUUUAUUGGAAGCGAAGGAACUCUCGGGCUUGUGACGGAGGCUACAUUGAAGCUGACUGUCAAGCCCAAGAGUCAAAGCGUUGCUGUUGCUAGCUUCCCAUCCAUUCACAACGCGGCAGAGUGCGUGACCCGCGUGGUGGAAGAAGGUAUCCCCGUUGCGGGGGUUGAGAUCCUUGAUGACGUUCAAAUGAAAUGCAUCAACGGUAGUCGGACGACUCGUCGACAGUGGAAGGAGUCACCUACUCUCUUCUUCAAAUUCACAGGGACCCCCGUGGGUGUCAAAGAACAAAUUGAGCUUGUUCGGAAAAUUGUCUCUAGUAGCGCAGGACAAUCAUUUGAAUUCGCUCGAGGGGAAAAUGAAAUGGAAGAACUUUGGAGUGCUCGGAAAGAGGCUCUGUGGAGUGUGAUGUCCAUGAGGCGAGGUCCAGAGGACCGCGUUUGGACGACCGAUGUGGCAGUGCCAAUGAGCAAGCUGCCCGACAUAAUCGAGGCAACGAAGCAGGAUAUGACGGAAAGCGGAUUAUUGGCCGGAAUUUGCGGCCAUGUCGGGGAUGGCAAUUUUCACGCAAUUAUCCUGUUCAAUGAGAAUGAAAAGAAAAUUGCGGAAGGUGUUGUGCACCGAAUGGUCAAGCGAGCAGUUGAAAUGGAAGGCACAGUGACUGGCGAACACGGAGUUGGCCUCAUCAAGCGGGACUAUCUUCAGCAUGAGGUUGGGGAAACCACGGUGGACACUAUGCGGCGGAUAAAAAUGGCGCUGGAUCCCCUUCGCUUACUUAAUUGCGACAAAGUUGUUCGAGUAGAACAACCAACGCCAGGGGAAGUAAAGAAGUGGUGA